UUGAAAUCGAAAACGGUUGAUCUAUUCAGGAGGACAAAGUAAUUUAUUAAAUUAACUAACCAUAAUAAUGGACGUUCAAAAGAAACCUCUGAAGAUUUACAUACAAGACAUUUUUCGCGCGAAAAAUACAAUCGAAAACAAAUACAUAUAUCAACUAUUCGGAAUGAAGUUCAAAAACGUAAUGAUUCAAGGCGUUGUUACGGAUGCUUAUAACAAAACCAGUAAAUCGAUUAAUUUAGAAAUAAGUGACGCAACAGGGUCUGUUAAAGUUUAUUAUGAUUCGACGAAAAAUAAUAAUAACCUAAAUAAUGAUAUUAUGAAAGAGUUGAGUCGCGAUUUAUCUAAACUUUAUGCCUUCAAUAACAAUAAUUCUACUGUUAUGUCAUCCAUGUUUAAUUUGAUGUCGGAAAAAAAAGAAAAUAUGUUAAAUUUUGUUGGAGGGCAUUACGUCUGUAUAGUAGGUGACAUUUUUGUGGAAGACGUUAGUAAUAAUAGAAUGGUAUCAGCAUUUCACUGUAAGCACACAUCAAUAGAGAGAGAUCUUGUAUGGAUGGAGGAACUAAGAUAUAUUUAUGAGAAAUUUUAUCUUUGGAACAAAGUACCUGAAGAAUCCAAGACUUUAGAAAAGACAUAAUAAAUUGUCCUAUAACUUUAAAUUCUAUGAAAUAUCUUCAUAUGUCUGAAAAAAUCAUUAGAAUUAGAAAAUUGAUAAUAAUUAUGGGUAACUCAACCAAACUUGGUGUCCUGCAUAUCAGCUUGGUUGACAACUUUGAUGCAGGUCAGAUGCAGUUCAGCUUACUUUGUGAACUGCCAGUCAUCAGGCAGCUUGCAACUUGUAUGGCUCACAUAGUUACAAUCCGUGAGUUGUCAUUUUAUUUGUUGAUUGCAGCUCAAUGGUUCAAGUCUAUGUGAUUUGAAAUUUUGUACCGGUUCAUAGUUUAUUUACACACUCUGAACUGGUAUAUAUAUCUUUGCUACUAUAUUUUGAAGUUACUAUGUACUACUGUAACUUUAAAAUGCCAAUGUUUGUUCUGUUAUCUGCGGCUUCAAAAUACCAAUCUAAGGUUCCUUUACUGGCAUUGUUUAUCUUUUUAUAAUUUUUCUAUCUAAAUAACAAUAAAUAUGACAUGAUAAUUUGGUUUUUGUAAUAAGGUUGUUUAUGAGAAAAUUCUAAUGAUUUAUUAAAAUCUCUUUAAAUCUUAACAGUAAAAUUGUUUUGUGAAACUGUAUAUUUAAUAUUACUCAUAAUUCUAAACUUAAAAUACACAAGAUUUACUGUUGAGUUUUGUGUAUUGAAAGAAAUAAGAGAGGACAUUGAUUUUUGUCUAAAUAAGACAUGCCUUUCACUACCUUUGAUUAUAAAAAGUGAAGGAACCACAAAUCAUACUUUUCUACCAAGAAUCGGAACCGAAAAUAAAUCGAUGUAUCAAAAUCUGAUUGGAAUCGGACUUUUUCAAGAUGAUAAACUGAAAUGUCAUCGAAUUCUAUUUCAACUGACACAAACAAAUUGAAGUUAAAGUGUACUAAGAAGGAAAAAAAAUAAAC